AGUUCUGAGCGCCCAGAGGGCGGUGUUGUAAAUGCGUAUAUACAGCAGCGGUGCUGCAGGGACGUGGUCUCAUCUGUGACCUCUGACAUUGUCGCAAUAACCGCACAGUCCAAGUAAGCCUCGAAAGAUACCUGCAGCGCGAGCUUUUACGUGGUAUCCUUGCACCUGCCAAAUACUACCGAGAUGUUUGUAACUCCUGUCAUCGUUAGUAGCCAUGUUCUGGAUCCUUCUGCUAUAUAUGGCUCGAAGCGAGGCAGCGUAGUUCGCAAUGAACUUUCGCAAAGACAUAGUAUAGCUUCUUCCGACGCAUCCUUCGGCUGUCUCCAUCGGACGUCCUCCACGAGUUCCAACGCCUCAAUUUCAACUGCAGCCUCUUCCACUCCUUCAAUCAGCGACCAAAAUCGCCGUCCCAAGCAUCGCAAGACUAUCUCGAACAGCUCAAUAGCCCGACUUUUCUUACAGAAGAACAAGCCCCAAGACGUUCGCCCAAAGCAAGCCGAAGCAUUGCCCACUUCAGCUUCUGUAACGCCUACUCCGUCUUCGCCCAUGACCGUUGCCACCUCGAAUUCACCACCUGCUGCGGAGUGGCAGUGCUCUGAUCUAGUGGUGCGAUCUAAGCGGGAUGUUUACCACGUCGAUAGGUCGAUCAUGUGCUAUCAUUCGCGAUGGUUUGCACGGGUCUGCGCAGUUGUUAUGUCGCCCAAAUCGUCAAAAGGUAUUAUCGAUCUGAGCGCCGACGACCCAGCAGCCGUCGCAGCCAUGAUGCAGUACUGCUACCAACUGGAUUACACGGAUCAAUUAGCUGGCUCAGACCUUGUUGUACCCGAGGACGUCACUCUGCGCUCUCAUGUUGACGUGUAUAUGCUUGCAGAGCGAUACGGGAUAGCCGGCUUGAAGGCACUCGCACUCAAGAAAUUCGAGGACCUCGCGGCCAAGGUGGUCGAUGGCGAGGAACAGCAACUACUGCAUGCAAUUCGUGCUAUUUACGCACCUGAGCGAACAGCCAAUGCAGAAGAUCUCAAGAGGGUGGCGAUCAAGCUCUGCGCUGACCACGUGCAAGCCUUCAUACAUGGUACGGGCAGAACUAUGGCGCUUGUAUACGAGUCAAUGGACGAGCUACCGGACUUCAGAGCGGACCUGUUCGACGAGAUGGCAUCUCGCUGGAAAUAGCGUACGACCGGUAGAGACCGUCUCGGUGACAGUGAAAGGAGCCGAGCCAGUGUGCCGCUUUCGACAACUAGGCAAGCGCGCUACCAGUGUUGACUAGUUCCGAGAUUACAUUGGGCCUACAGUUUUCACGCCUCACUGGAAGAUGUGUCCACCGUCCUCAAUUCAUUGGCUCGACAAUAGAAUGUAUGGACUUGACAG